CUCUCUCAGCGCACGUCGUCUCCAUACCCACUGGCGACUUUGGCCGGAUUCUCGACCACCUAAACUGCCUAGACACGAGCGGAGAACAUCGACCAUGACAGUUGCCUGGGACAUACCCAGUAACGGACAUCCGACAAGCAAAUUGUGCUUUCCUUUGCGGCGGGGGCGGAGGAGGGGCCGCGCUCAUCACGCAGACUCCUCACAACCAGGCCAAGGUCAAUUUCACAAUAAUCCCCUGAGUAUGUGCAAAUACCGGGACUAUCCUAGCGAGCGACGCUGUGAAAAUGCCGCCAGGGUUGGAAAGAAAAAAGUCACUGCAAGCUUCGUAGAUCAAUAUCGGCGGGAGGAAGAUAUAUGGAUGAUGGGGCGGGUGGGAACGGAGACCGUCCACCUUGUCAUUCCGUAUUGCUUCUGCCCGGCAUCGACCGAUCUGGUAUACAUUCGAGGCAUCGAUUUUGCCAUGUCUAGACCGGGACAUCCUCGAUGCCGCCUCGUUCAUCUACUGGUCCGACCAUCCUGGAGUCUGUCAUCGCACAAGCAUCUAUACUCUUCGAGUACUUCAGAGCCCUCGCCAGCCGCGAGAAAAGCUAUCAUAACCUCAUCCAGUUUCUUUCCACCUAUUGUGCCAAGAAUGCGGAGCCCGCUACCUAAUCUGAUCACACGUCGGCGCGCACACGCAAAACCGCUGCUACCACCCACCCGUUGGGUCCAUCACGGCUGCCGCCGGCGCGCCAUCUGACCAACGUCAUCAACGAUGCGGCAUCUAGACUACGAAGGACUGGAAGUGCGUGGGUGCUAACCCGCUGAAGCCGGUGCCAUCGCCGCUAGCGACUCUUCGGCUGGGAUUUCGCUGUCCCCUCCAAGAGCUACCACUGAUCAUGAUCCUGGCGAAACCCCCCAUGCCCAGCCGCAGACCCCCCGACGGGCCAAUCUGCGAUCCAUUCA